AUGUCUAUGGCUCUUCCCCUCUCAUUCACACCACUCAAAGAUCUGAAACCUUACAAAAACUCAUGGCGUAUCCAAGUCAAAAUUCUCCAUAGUUGGAGAAUGUUUUCAGCUAAGUUUAGUGAAUCAAUAGAAUUGAUUCUUGCGGAUGAAGAAGGUGACAAAAUGGGAGCUUCGAUUAGAAAGGAUCACAGUUUGCGUGAGGGCGAAUGGAAGAUAAUCACCAGCUUUGGCUUGCAUCCUUCCACUGGAAUGUUCCGACCUUCUCAUUUGAAGUACAAGAUUACCACACGUUAUGGUACCACAAUUAACCAGUCUGAAAAGAUUUCUGAUGAUCAUUAUUUAUCAUUCGCUAAGUUUGAUGAUAUCCUUGCUGGAACCCUUGACAAAAACAUUUUAUUUGAUGUUAUCGGUCAAGUUGUUUCCUCCGGUGGAAUUGAAGUGAUUCUUAAUCGUUACAACAAAGAAACCAAGAAAAUCGUGUUUGAGCUCAGAGACAAUGAACUUCCAAAUGAUAGCUUGGCUUUGACAAUCAACUCUUCUGGUGAUAAAGGGAUUUAUAUCCCCAAAACGUUAAUGAAGGCAUUGACUACCCUAGGGUUACAAUCUCUGAGAUGCUUGCUUAGUCUCAGAUACAAACUGCAUUUGUCCAUCAUGGAUCACACUGGUGAAAGCAAAUAUUUUUUGUUUGAUAGUUGGGCUAAAAAGAUCCUUGGAGGUGCUCCAGCUUCUGAAUUUCUUAAUGGUUCCUUUGAUGAGAUUGAGGAUCCAAAUGCAAUUCCUGAUCAAAUUAAAGCAUUGAUUGGGAAAACUUUUCAGUUUCUGAUAACCGUAGGAAACAAAAAUGUUUAUGGAGGGUAUGAGUACUACAAGGCUUCCCUUAUGAUUACCAAUGGUACGGAACCUUAUGAAACAGAUUUGAGUUCCACUUCAACACCUUCAUCAAAGCGGAAGUCUGACAGCAGUGGUAAUGGAACUGAUCGUUCAAGUUCCACUAAGAAAAUGUGCUCCAAGAUUGAUACUAUUCAGGUUGAUGGAUCCGAAGUUGUGAGGAAAGAUUUGAAUGAAGAGAUUACAAGAGAAGACCAAGUCAUUUAG